GCGCGGCACGUGACAGGGCCGUGACGUCAGACGCCGGUGCCUCUAUAGUGUAGUGACCUUCCUCUAACGUCCGUCACUCACUAACCGCUCAACGGCCGAGAGAGGCGAGCCAACGCCGGCUUAAAACCAGAUUUUAACCAGAAGCUCACCAUGGGAGACAUCGCCAAGGGAAAGAAGGCUUUCGUCCAGAAGUGUGCUCAGUGCCACACGGUAGAGAACGGCGGAAAGCACAAGGUGGGACCCAACCUGUGGGGUCUGUUUGGACGCAAGACCGGGCAGGCUGAGGGCUUCUCGUACACAGACGCCAACAAGAGUAAAGGUAUUGUUUGGAAUGAGGACACCCUGAUGGAGUACUUGGAGAACCCCAAGAAGUACAUUCCCGGAACCAAAAUGAUCUUCGCUGGCAUCAAGAAGAAGGGAGAGCGCGCUGACCUCAUCGCAUACCUUAAAUCCGCAACAUCAUGAAGUAGUCAUAAAAAAUAAGAAUAUUUAAUGUCAUUUUAUUGUGUUUUUUUUUUGUUUGUUUAUUUUUAAAGGCUUGCACAUGCUAAUUCUGGUUUUAUGUUUAUUCAUUUGUGCAUGAGGUUAGUUUAGGUUGUCAGGGUUAGAAGUGGCACAUCCUGUGAGUGUGGCACAACCUGUGAGUGUGUCACUUCGUCUUCAAUGCCAUGAUGUGAGCGGUCGUUCAAGUGGCUAAACAUAAAACUGAAGCAUGUUGGCUUUUUUUUUUUUUUUUGCCAGUUCAAUCUGUACUAAUAAGAAAACAAAUCACAUUAUUUAAACUUUAUAACGAUAGGCUGCCUGACCUGUCACUAAUUCUAUUUUCUUGUCCGGUACUAUCUGCUUGCAGAGCCAUCCGUCACCUUCCUUAUUUUUAAAACUGUAAUUUAAAAGAAGUAAUCUACUGUCGGCUAUGAAUGAGAAUUGGUGGACUUCCACACACUAAAUAUUUUGUCCUCCGCGGACAAAAUCUGUUGUUGCGUUGUACGACUCCUAACAGAGCUCGAUCUGGUCAGGUCACUGAAGCAGCCCCUCUGAACUCCUGUUUUUACCUCCUGCCUGUCAUUUGACUCUGUACGAGUGUUUUUAAACAUUGUGCUAAGGGUGAUGCGCUAUUAUCUGCCUCUUUACAACUAAGGACUGUGGUGUACCAAUAUAUUUAUCAAUGCCUUCAAAACUACCACCACACUGAGAUCCCUACAGUGUGAAUUCAGCUGGCACACAAUCACAAUGCCUAGCAAUGUUGUAGAGCUGUAUUUGUAGAAAACAAAUCUAUCAAGGACAACAUCUGGAGUGAAGGAAUAUUUAGUUAUUUACCUGGUUUCACAGGCCUGAAAGUUUUAACUUAUUUUACUGUAAUCUGACAGACUGUAUCUAAAACGUUUCGAUGGGGCUGCUUGCUCUUGGUGUACACAGCAAUAACUGUAUGCACAUGAACAAUAUUAUAAUGUGGUAACUAUGUUGUGUAGUUGUGGAUGGACAGGAUGGAUGGACAGAGGAUCAAUUAAAAGGAAACGUCCAGAAAUGUAA